UUCUCCAUCGAUAUACAUGUACAGCUAGAUCCAGGGAUAUUCUACAAUAUAAUGAAUUCAUAUGCGAUAGAUUCUCUUUUGGUAGGGUAGAGGUCUCUGUGAAAUUAUAACCACAAGUUUCGCCUACCGUGAUUGAAUACUAGUAGAUUACUGCAAUUGCAAAGCAGCAGACAGGACUAGGUAUCCCCACUUUUCUCGCAGCCAGAGAAGAGGGGAAGAAUUGGCUUAGUCUCCGCAGCAGAACUGACUCGACGUGAUGUGACAUGUCACUCGGAUCGAAUUCGAAGUUCAAACAUACCGGAUUGAGCUUCCACAAAACAGGAAAAUCAGCCAUGUUCCAUAAUUGCCAGUAUUGGUCUGGUGUCCUCUCGGCAUCAUUUCAGACCAGGAUAAAUAGACAUCUCCUGAAAUCCUCUCUAGCAGGAUCAGCUUGGAAAGGAAAGACUUCAUGUCUUCUUCAAACAAAACAGAAAGUUGGAGGGAAAAGAAGCUUAUUAGCAUCAGGAUAUCAACACUUUUUAACAGAAAAACGUUUAGGCGUCGGAACUUUUCAGAGCCCAGGGAAGGCCACCAUGUAUAAUCACCAAGGCAUCCAUAGACAAAGAACUUCCCUCAGGAGUGUUUUUGCUCCAACAUCAUAUAGCCAAAAGGUUUCUAGAAUUACCAGGACGGUAAAUGAUUACCUUUGCUCUCAUAGAAAAAAGAUCGACCCAAAACACCUGGCAUCUGAAUGUGGAUUUCGGCAUCUUUCAAGAUAUCAACAAUUGUUUCGAGACCAAAGGAACUUGUUUGUCACAAGAAGAUCAUUGGAGAGAAACCUGUCAACCUCUUCAAAUCUCUGUCAUCCAGCUAGAGGGGAGAGUGUAAUGAAUGUCUUUGAUCGCAAGACUAAGAGGAAGCAGAGGGACAGGGCUGCACUGGCAAAAGAUGUAGAGGUGUAUGAUUACAUCAAAGAUGAAAUAGCUUACCGAAUGGUUGACAGAAUUAGAGAUGUGACAAGAAAGUUUCCAGUAGCCGUAGAUCUUGGCUGUGGGAGAGGUUUAAUGGCUAACUACUUAACUGAGGAUGAAAUUGGCACCUUGUAUCAGUGUGAAAUGUCUGAGAAAAUGCUGGACCAGGUCCCAACACCAGAGGGUGUAAAGACGAUAAAGCUGGUUGCAGAUGAAGAAUUUGUUCCUUUCAAAGAGGAAUCCUUAGAUCUAGUCAUUAGUAGUCUCAGCCUCCAUUGGGUGAAUGACCUGCCAGGGACCCUACGUCAAAUCCACACAGCAUUGAAGAAAGAUGGAGCAUUCAUUGGAGCUAUAUUUGGAGGGGAUACUCUCUUUGAGCUGAGGUGUUCAUUGCAGCUGGCUGAACUAGAGAGAGAAGGGGGGUUUGCACCUCAUAUAUCCCCUUUUGCUGAUAUGCAAGACAUUGGGAAUCUUCUUUCAAGAUCAGGAUACAAUAUGCUAACAGUCGACAAAGAAGAGUUGCAGGUGAAUUACCCAUCCAUGUAUGAACUGAUGCAUGAUCUUAAAGGAAUGGCGGAGAACAAUGCAUCAUGGUCAAGGAAAAACUACCUUCAAAGAGAUACUAUGGCUGCUGCAGCUGCAAUAUACAAAGACAUGUAUGGGAAUGAAGAUGGUACAAUCCCAGCCACUUUUCAAGUUCUCUUUAUGAUUGGUUGGAAGCCUGACCAAUCACAGGCAAAACCAGCUGCCCGAGGUUCGGCAACAGCUUCACUUAAAGAUCUGGACAAACUCAACAUGGAUGUACCCCCUAAGGAAUAAUGUUUGAGCUUCUCUAUGUUGUAAUUUAUCACCGAUAAGGACAAGCUCAGCAUUGAUGCAUCAUCAAGGAAAUCAUGCUCACUGUUUACUUAAGAUGUGGUUACACUAACAUUUUUUUUUACCAUACUAAGCUAUGUGGUCAUAUUGCUUGAAUGGUUCUGCAACGAAUGUUUGUGGCAUAGCUUGCUGUGAUGGUAUCUCAGAAGCAACCACCUUCAUUGGAAAUGUUUUUUAAAAAAUCUUUUAUAGAAAGAAAAGUAUGUGAAAUCUCGCAGUUAUAGUUUUGAAGUUUCCUGCAACAAGAAUUUCCUUUAAAUUGAUGUUAGAUUCUAUAUAUUUUACCCAAAAAAAAUCAUGUUUGACUUUUCCCUAAGAUGUGGUCAAACUUAUUUUUGUAAAUUGUGAAAUGCAGGAUCAGCUUAUCCCAUUCAGAGGAAUUUCAGGAGCAUUGGACGUUUUUAAUUUGUACUUGAUAUACAACGAAGUGACAGUUAUAUAAGUGUAUUUUGAUUAUUUAAUUCACUCUUAAGAUCAUGUGCAUUAUGAAAGAAUUUGAAGUGGAUAUUCUUUCUGUAAAAACUUGAGGUGUACUUUUUACUUCAAUUGUGUGUGAAACAGUUAAAACUGAUUCAUAUUUCAUGUCAGCCUGCAAACUUAUUUGGGCAUUUUCACGGUAACUGACGUUAACUUCCAUCAUUUGUUGUUUUAGAGAUAAUCAUACACACAAUGAAAAGUGUGUAAAAUUGUGCCGUGUAACGUCAGUUACCGUGAAAAUGCCCAUUUGUAUGAUUUUAGUUCCACACCCACUUGUGAUUUCUAUUAUAAUGUGAAAAUUAGCCUCUUGUGAUAUCUCAACACAUAUAUUUGAAACAAAAUAUAAAAGUAAAACAAGAAUAUAAGUAUGUCUGUUACAUAAGAAGUGUGUUAAGAUGAUAACAUUUUAUUUUGGCUAAGUGAUCGAUGAUGCAUUGUAAAAUUGAUUACCUCACUAUGCAUUUGGUAAACAAGAUGCUGUUCUAUUAUUUUCUAUUAAAAGUUGUGUAGAUGAGUGCAAACUUUUGCAAUUCAAAUUUGAUAUUCGUUGAUUCAGAAUAGUCCAUCAUUGUGUGUGAUUGGUUGAAUUCUUAAAUUCAGAAUUUAAAUAAAAUUAAUUGAAAAUGUG